GCAAGAGAAACAGGAACCCCAAAAAAAUAAAAAUCUUUUCAACUGAAGAGCUCGUAAGCCUCUUUCACUCUGACAUUUUAUCGUGUUCUCCUUCGGUACGGGUUACAGAAAAACUCCCACCAGCAUGGGGUGCUUCUUCUCUAAGAAAUCCAAAAGGAAGUCCGCGGGAAAAGAUGAACGUACACCGACAACAACGACCGUUGAAACUACGACGGUGACAAACAGCUCAGUUCCCCUUGGCAACAACAGCGAGGAGCCUCCGAAGCAGUACAGCUGGGACAAGAGAGAGAAGGUUGACCCCAAAGACUACAUGCUGUCGGGGCUGAAGGACGUGACGGUGGGACGACUGCCGGGCAAACUGAACGGCCAGCAGUUUGUGAUCCAGGACUGCGAGAACUGCAACAUCUACGUGUUCGACCACGCGGCCACCAUCACCAUCGACGACUGCGUGAACUGCCGCAUCGUAUUGGGCCCCAUCAAGGGCAGCGUGUUCUUCAGGGACUGCAAGGACAUCAAGUGCGUGGUGGCCUGCCAGCAGUUCCGCACGCGGGAUUGUAAAAAGAUGGAGGUGUUCCUGUGCUGCGCCACACAGCCCAUCAUCGAGUCGUCCACGGGGAUGAAGUUCGGCUGCUUCCAGUACUUCUACCCCGAGCUCGCCUUCCACUUCAAGGACUCCGGCCUCAGCAUCUUCAACAACAACUGGAGCAACAUCCACGACUUCACGCCCGUCUCCGGGGAGAACAACUGGAGCCUGCUGCCGGAGGCGUCCAAGGUCCUGGAUUUUGUGCCCAUCCCGGACCCAGAGUCUGAAUUCAAGUCGGUUCGGAUCUCCGGCGACCCUGAACGCAGCAUCGUGCCUCUGACAAAGGGAGGCCGGCGUAAGGACAGCGAUGAAUCCUGCCUCUUUGUCUUCUUCGCCGGGGAAUACACCACCGCCAACGCCCGCAAGCUCAUCGACGAGCUGACGGCUAAAGGCUUCGUGCUGGUCCAGACCAAGGAGGUGUCAAUGAGACCUGAGGACGUGAAGAGGGUUUUCCAGAACAGCGCCGACGAGCUGGUGGACUGGAUCACCAAAGGUCCUGUCGUCGCCCUGGAGCUGAACGGAGGCGGCGUGGUGGACGCCUGCAAGAACAUCGCUAACGAAGUGUUCCCCGGCACCAAGGUUUUCGUCUCUGAAAAUAAAAACACGUCCUCCAGAGACGUCGACAACUUCUUCAACUUCGCUGACAUGCAGAUGGGAUUGUGAGGAAGCGGAGCGCCCUGCAGCUCGGGUCCGGUUUGAGUGGAUUCGUCCUGGAAAACGAGAUAGAUUUUAAGGAUAUAUAGCGAUGCAGUUCAUCCAACAGUGAGUCUGCAGACCCUCGGCUGUGAAUAUUUAUAUGAAUGUGGCUUCGAUGGAUUGUGAAUGUAGAGCUUUGCUGUAAAUGUUUAAUUUAAGGUAGAAAAACCAUGAGCCCACGAACGCAGAGGGAAGAUAUUUUAUAUAAAUAAAGCAUAUUUUUAUUUAGGAUGUAUUUGUGUGUUAGAUAAUGGACGUGUUGUAAAUGUAUAUCUGAGACGUGCUGUGUAGACGUUCUCACCUACGGACUUCUGUUAGGCCAAAGUGUAAUCGUGAAAACGUUUGCUGGGUUUUAUUUCUGAUGUAGGCAUGUGAUCUAUAUUUUGUGAUGUUUGUUUUAUACUCUGAAUGUUUUUGUAUGGAAACAAAUGUUUGUUCUUUAUCAUCGUUUUUAGUAAAAAGUGACGUCUGA